AUGUUGUCGCAGUUUGUAAGGUCAAUCUUCCGGUUUAGGAAGACGACUGUUAGCAUUCUUUUGCUGUUGACUUAUGGUCUAAUAGGUAUUUUGUAUCUGUGGGACCAAACUCGAUACAAACACUCUCUACCUGUUGAUGAUGAGUAUGCAGCCUUAAUUGAUAAGUCUUGGCUUCAUUUGCAAAAUUUUACACACGCACCGCAUCCAUAUGCUUCAAGAGAAAAUGACAGAGUUCAUGACUAUUUACUGGCGACCAUCAACUCUAUGGUGAAGGGAGUUGAGUUUGCGAAGGUGUCAGAUGACUACAGCGAGAAUGCAUCUUCUUUGUUUAAGCAGAAAGAUGUUUUCAAUGAGUCCUCAACGGACUCAAGAGUUAUCUAUUACGAAUCCUCGAAUAUUCUAGUGAAGUUGAACGGUACUGACCCUGAUUUACCGGGUUUGUUGAUCUCAGCGCACUUCGACUCAGUGCCGACUGGUUACGGAGCAACUGACGACGGUAUGGGAGUAGCUACCCUUCUGGGCCUCUUAUCACACUUCAUAUCCAAUCCACCAAAGAGGACAAUUGUUUUCAACUUCAACAACAAUGAGGAAUUCGGACUGUUGGGAGCUACAGUCUUUUUUUCCCAUCCCUGGAGCAAAUUUACCCACUAUGUGCUAAAUCUGGAGGGUGCAGGUGCAGGUGGUAAAGCAGUUCUGUUCCGUACUUCAGACACUGUGACUGCAUCAAUUUAUAGAGAUGCUGUGAAAAGUCAACCAUUCGGAAAUUCUAUCUAUCAACAAGGCUUUUAUAGUCGAUACGUUUCAAGCGAAACAGACUACAAGGUUUACGAGAAAAACGGUCUUCGUGGUUGGGACAUUGCUUUUUACAAGCCGAGAGAUUUGUACCAUACCAUAAAGGACUCUGUGCAAUACACGAGCAGAGAAUCUUUGUGGCAUAUGAUGCACACGGCCUUACAGUUAACAGAUUACAUUGCACAAGAAGAUGUCGAAGACGAAGAGGAUCAACGUACUCCAGCGAUAUACUUCGAUAUUUUAGGUUGGAAGUUUGUGGCCUUCAGUGCUAAAAGCUUGUAUCAAUUCAACUGUGCAUUAUUAAUUUUUGUUCCGAUGCUGGCCGCUUUGCUUCAAAUAAUCGCGAAAAAAAGACAAACCCACAACACAACUGCAUUUGUAACUUGGUUAAGAUUACCGUGCUCUCUAGUGAUUUCUUACCUUUUAGUUUCAGCUGCAAGACAUCUCAUAUUCCAAAGCAAUCCUCUUGUAUUCAAUCGUGACCAUUGGAGCCCCACAAUCAGUUUUGCUACUUUGUUUAUUCUAACCAACUACUUAAUUUUGUCGUUUUGUGAAUUUCUUUGGCCGGUUCAAGAUUUCAAGACAGUUGCAUUACGGGAAUUGUCAAUUGGCCUUUGGUUGCCGAUUUUUCUGGAAACAAUUAGCCUGUUUCAAUCCAGGUACAAAAACACCGGAAUCUAUCCAUUUACAUUUGUGUACACUCUGGUUUCAGUUGGUGCCCUCUUUGGGUUGGUCUGUAAUGCUUUUAAGCAGGUAAAGAAAUCCGACCACGGUGAUUCUCUAAUUCACACAGAUGAAGAGCAGACACAUGUGGACACCUUGGAGCCAGAAGGUAGAUCUAUCGGUACCGCCACCAGAGCACAGGAAAAUGAUGAAAGGUCACCCUUGUUGAAUGCUUCCCAAUCAUCUCAAAAUGAUUACGGUACAGAUAAUGAUACUAGCUCUUCUGCAACAAUCGAGGAUCAAACCGAAGAAACUGGAAAAUUGAAGAAAUAUGCCGUAGCAACAUUAAAUUAUGAUUGGAGCAUUCAAUUUUUGACCGUAAUUCCGCUCACGUCUUUUUUCAUGUUCAUGAGCGUAGACGUGAUAUUGGAAGCAUUAGAUCAAACGUGCCAGGAAGGUUUCAAAUCUUCGUGGAGCGUUGUUACAAUCUCUAUGAUCGGUGGUAUUCUCAUUGCACUGCCUCUUGUUCCAUUUACUUACAAACUGAAUUACGUGGUCAUGUUACUAAUGGUUCUGGCGUGUGCCGUUUCUUUCAUGACUGCCAUGUUCGAAUCACCUUUCACACAAGUGGCUCCUUUGAAAUUGAGAUUCUCUCAGGACAUUAACCUGUACGGCGAUAAGCAUUUGGCAACGGUGAAUAUUCUUGGAAGACAAGGGGAGUACAUUUCAACAGUCUUAGAAGAUUUACCUAGCGUCAAGCAAAAUAAACUGGCUGUUGAUUGUGUCCCCAGCGGUUUAGGGACAGAAGUAUGUUCUUACCCGGGAAUAACGCCCAACUUGAUAGACUCUCAUAGUGAAGUGAGUUUCUCAGAAGUUAUGCGCGUCGAAGUUCUGCGCAACAACAGAAAUUCCACAAGCAGAUCACCAUAUGAGCCGAUAGUGGCAGAUUUGAAAGUGCAUGUAAAGCAAAAUCGGGUGUGUACGUUGGCGUUCAAUUCGACGUCGUAUGGUCAACCACCAUUGAAGCAAGUGACAUUUUUCCACGAAGAUUUUUUCGAUAAUCGUACUUCUCCACAGUUAUCGGCUCGAGAAGGUUACUCGCGAGAUGAUAAGGGCAAUGAUAUUUUCAGAUGGAAUGCGGGCAUAAAAUCACUUGAGCUUCACAAGCUUGAUUUUGACAAAGGUUUUUACCGAGUCGGGCUGCAAUGGAUGCCCAAAGUGUUAAGUGAUGAUUCGGAUUUUGUUGAUGAAGACAUUCUCGGAGUCACACUGGAAUGCUACUGGGGCGAAUACGACGCUGACGUCGUGAUUGGUGGCGAGACUAGACGCCGGGUACCAGCAUAUGACGAAUUGCUAGAAUACUCUCCCCGUACAGUUUCGUAUGCUAACAAAAAUCGUGGCAUGGUAGUAAUUAGAGAUUAUUUAGCGUUGUAA